GUCAAGAUAUAAACGCAAAAAGCCCUUCCUAUAUAAAAGUAGAGAGGCCACAAAAUGCAUUGAUGGCGGCAUUUCAUCAGUUGAUCUCUAUAAACAUUCCAUGUGUGUGGCAGAUCACUCCUAGCCAAGAUAAAGAAUUGAUCUCUCUGGAGUUACACGUCUUCUGGUUUGAUGAUAAACAUACCGGAAUUAUUGAUUCAAGCUCUCAUUUAAAGGCCUUGAAAGAGCUAAGAAUUGGUUCUUUUAACUGGGACCACUUGACUGCACAGUCACCCACUACCCCGCCCCAGCUUAAUAAGACAGCUGUAGAACACGCCACACUAAUUUCGCCAGGAAAUGAUUACAAAUUAUUUAUAAAGUCCACUCGAAAUCUUAUUCACCAUGAACUCAUUAAAAGGGGAGCCUUUGCCCUUGGUGAAUUCUUUGUAUUCCCUGAUACUUAUCUCGACGAAACAGACAUCAUUGAUACUCUUGCUGACCAGGAUAAUGAAUCCAAUGCUAAGAAUACUAUGCUUGCUUGCAUGUAUAACAUCUAUCUUACAUCAUCGAACCUUGUAUUUCAACCCAACACAAGACGUAUGAGGAUCAGACCCUUGGUUAGCGAGGAUGUUUACAUAAAGAAUAAAAAAGUUUUAUUAUGUCCAACUGGAGAGCAUGCUAGCUUGACAUCAUUCCAAAGUUUACCUACUCAAGAAUUACAACAGAAAAUGUUGGAACAGUGGGCCGAGUUUUAUCGUUUAAAUCCAUCCCAAUUACAUUCAACACAAACGCAUCUACCUUCUCUAGUCACGAUAAGAACAUCCUCUGGCGAUAUCAUCACAUACCCAACCAUGCUGAUUUUUGUACCGACCGAUACAAAACUUUCUCCUUCUGCUAUUUCUGGUUUAAAUGGUACGAUGGGAUUAAAUCGUGGAUUGACGGAAGAUUUGGGUGCAAAGGCGUCUCGUUCAACAUAUCAUCAAAGUUUGAAAUCAAUGCAUUCCAGUAUUGAUUAUUGGUCUUACCGUGAUCCGAUUUUAUUUGCAAGUAAUGCCGUGAUAAGCGCACUCUCGAUGGCUGACACGAGUUAUCAGCACGACCAACUCCUUUUACAUAGAGCUCUGAUAGAACCUGUUCUUUCUAGCCCAAUCAUGAACUCAAAAAGCGUGAUACCUAUCAACACCACACCCCUUUUAGGUUGUAAAAUAUUCGGCGACUAUUCUCAACAGACACCUCCCAAAUCUUCAUUAAGUUCAAAUAUGAAUUUAACGGAAUUUGCAACCUCACGAUUUCAAACGGAAAAUCCUGAGGAUUUACUCGAUGGAUUAAAUCCGUUAAAUGAUCCCAAUAUUGCCAUUGUUGACAAAAACCUCAAUAAGCCUCAUUUAUCAACCAUGUCAGAUAACAAUCUCACCAUUGAUCCAAUUGCUCUACCUGGAGGGAAUCCUACUACAGAACCUACACUAUCUGCUCCAACCGACGAUCUAAAUUUAUACAACCUGGAUGCUGUUUGGAAUGACACGAAUGAGGAUUUUGGUGAACUGGAUUUGGAUGUGACGGAAGCGGAUUUCGAUUUCUUUGAAACACCAGCGCCUGUGGUUACACCCGAUAAUGUUUUGCAUAUUUUGCCGAUGGAUGUAGAACCCGCAGUAACAGAUCAUACUGUUGCCUCGCCCGACAACAUCUUGAAACCCCGUGAUCUGACUCCCAACAAUGACAGUCUGUUUACACCAUUUGUUGCUAGUAAUACGAAUUCAGAAGACGCGAGUAUGGAAGACAGUAUUGUGGAGCCCAUGGAAGCGAUGGAUUACUUGCAGACCAAGACACAAAAUCCACCGGUCCAAAAAGUCACACCGGAACAUCCCACUAUUGUGCCUCAAAACUUCUUACCGGUCCCCAUCAACACAAGGGAUAUUGACGCAAAGUAUGUGCCUGGUGGAAAAUUUAUGUAUGAUCCAUCCAAGGAGAGAACAAAACGAGAGUUGUAUAGUCCUGAUUAUGUACCUACUGUGAAGAAAAAAGCCACCAAAGAUUCUCCUGAGAAACCCGAGUGCUCAUUGCAAGAUGUUGAAAUGACGGAUGCACGGAAUAGUAAUUGUAGUAGCAGUAGUAGUGAUAGCAAUAGUGACACAAGUGGAGAAUCCAGUAGUUGCACCGACAAUGAUAGUGAUACAGAUUCAAUCAGUCUGGACCAAAUCGUCGAUAAACGUUUACGUUCUUUCAAAAAAUUUCAAAGGAGCGUCAUCUACAGUUUAUUACGAGCAACACCAGCUCCUUUGCCAAUGGACCGUUUUCAAAACAUGGACUAUGAUUCUCCUUUUACGCCCAUACUGGCAGACUCUAUAAAGCCAAUCAAAUGGAGACAAAGUAAAGCCAUGGAGAAAUCCAUGGAUUACUUGUGUAAGCAAGCUAUCUUUGGUGGCUAUCCUUUUUCUAGUGGACUUGCAGAAGUGUCAGCCAAUGGCGGAGAGAUUGAAGCAGAGACAGCCAAAGUACUGGUGGCACGUCGAACAAAUAUUAUGCAGAUGACACAGGAGGACAUGGUGCAUCAUCCAAUGUCUUAUUUGAAUAGCCCGUUGCUGGGAUCUAUUGACAUCAAAGGCCCUUUAACUAUACAGCAGUAUUAUAGUUUAUACACACCUAAUCAAUCUCAUUCAAAAUAUGGAAAAUACCAAGUCAAAAAGAAAAGACCUAGUCAACCCAACCUUGAUACCUUAAAUAAACCCAAUGUUGUUAUUACGCGUAACGAAGAUGCCUUAGAAGGUUCAUCCAAGAUGAUUCCAUUCUGGGAAAAGCUCGGAUUAGAGCCUUACUCCACUAAAAAGCAAAUCAACUAUCUAGUAGUCUACCCUAACAAUAGAGACAUAGAGACGACUGUGGGAAAGUUUUUUCGGAAUUUAAGCACAGUAUAUGACACAUGUCGACUUGGAAAACACAGUGGUGAUCACUCGGGUCCUUAUCGAUAUGGAUUAGUUCCGGUUUUAGAUAAUGCGACCAAUGGUGCCAAAAAUAUAUUGAAAAAUUAUGAAGAUACGUGCGAAAAUUUAGGGCGAUACCUGGCGAACAAAAACGAUACAAAACUUGUUUAUCAUGUCAUCUACAUGGUCAAUCCCGGUCUGCACAUAUCGUCCUAUCUGGAUAUGUGUCGCUGUUUUUAUAAAUUGAAGGAAUCUUAUAUGCAAAUAUCUGGAAAAAACGAUGACAGUAAGAUCGUGCUACAGCUAAUGCCUAUUGAUCACGUAUUACGUCCUUCUGCAUUUGGCGGGUACCAAAUGCUUGGAUUAAAAGAUAUUGCAUUUUCUAUUUAUGCUAAAUGUCCCAGUAUUGUUUCCAACAAGAGAAAUCCUAAUUUAACAGCCGAAAUAUACGCACCUGCCUUUGUUCUCAAAAAACCUAUCCCAAGAUCAAUUGAUUUUAAAUUGAAUGAUAUUCGGGCCUUUCCUGUUCUGCUAGAGAAAGAAGCUAAGCUUCAUAUGGCGUAUUGUUUCAGCUACAACCGUGCAUGGAUGUCUAUUGUAUGGACGGAUGGUAGCGGUGAGCUUUUAGAAUACGCCUUGUUUCCGAGAAAGUCAGCAUACAAGGAGGCUUGGGAACGCACGUUAGAUAUCGCAAAAAGAACGGCUUUUCCUUGGACGGUUCAAAUCACCAAGGUGGGUUUAAUGUUUAAUGAAGAGCUGCUACACUGGUUGAAAUUUAUAUCCAACACAGACUAUGGGGUGAACAUUGUUGCAUUAGAUCUGGAGUCCGAAUUAAAUCUUCAUUUCAACAUGGGCUUCCCUGAUACACCUUUCCAUGUUGAGAGGAAUCAACAAGCACCUACUUUACUGGAUUCUUUUGGUAAAAGCCAUACUAUUGGUGGCUAUCCGCCACAAGAAAAGAAUGCUACGCAAGCUAGAAACACUGAUAAAGUAGACGAAGCACAAAUUCUAUUAUUGAAUCAUCGGAUUUCUUAUUCUCAAAAGAGGGAGCGGGCAUACAAAGGAAUAUUAAGAACAGAAGCUGUUACAGAGAAAGAAAACUGGAUGACACCAUUAGCUACAGGAUACAUGAUACAUCAUGCUUUACCCAAUAAGAACGUCAAUCCGUGUAUGGAACAGUUUAAUAACGAACCAUUUGUGGCAGAAGUUCAUCUGAUUUACAAUCAUACUCAACAUUCAGCCUAUAAUACAUUGCAGGAAAUUAUCAAGCAUUUUUAUGCUUUGUCUUUUGUAGAUCCCAUCCCUUCAAGUCAUAGUUGUAUACCUUUUUACGUUGUGCUAGUAGAGCGAUUGAGCCGAUUAUUACUUAUAAUUGAUGAAUCUUGUAAAUAAAUGUAUUUGAAACCUUAAAGAUGGAAGUAGACUUUCUUGAACACACAAAUGAUA